UGAUGGAUACUAAAAAAAGUUAUGGAUUGUAAAAAUGAAGUAUUUAUUAAAAUAUUAUUAAAUUUAUCACAAUUGUGACAGAAUUUUAUACAUUUUACCACGUUCUUAGAUUCCAAAUAAGAUAAGAAUACUUUUGUGGUACAUAGAGUUAUGGUUGAUUGCCAAAAAUGGCUAAGAAAAGGAGACCAGCUACAACCGUUGCCUCACGUCGAUCUGCCCGACGCGGGAAACAGGCCGCACAGAACACUUUGACCGAAGGCGAAUCAUCCUCGACGGCUGAAACUGUCUCUACAGCACCAGCAACCGAAGAACCGCCCCCUCCUACGGGUAGUAAUACAGAUUCUGCAGAAUCAGAAAUACAAACACAAUCCUCCUCAGAUAACACAGUGAAACCAUCCACUGAAACAGUCCCUACAAUAGUUUUACACAAGAAAUUUGGCAAAUAUCGUUGUUUAUUUAACAACGAUGAUACAUUUACAAAGAAGUAUGACCUAGGUAGUGAUAGCGAAACAAACAGCAGUGUUGAAAUAAGAGUUGUAGAUCCAAGUGUAAGUUCAGAAUCUGAUUCAAAUGCUGCAGUGGAUACACAAUCUGAUACUAAUAGUGGUGCAUGUCCUAGUCCCUUAAAUAUUCCAGAUAGAGCAUUACACAGCUUAAAUUCUCGAGAUGUCUCACCUCUACCAUCUGUUGAGAGUUUGGAUAUACCAUUGCCAAUUGAGGAAUAUCCAGAAAAUGAUAAUAAUCCUAAAGAUGCAAACCCAAAUGCUGAAAACAUGGAAAAUCCCAAUGAAAAUGUUACUGAAAAUCUAGAUAUACAGGAACAAGAACAAAAUGUAACUGAAUAUAUCCAAAAUGACCAACCAAGUCUCGAGCAGAUGCAAUCAUUAAAUGAUCAUCUUUAUGGAGAUGAUGAGGAAGUUAUUACCAUAGUUCAAAUUGUCGAAGAUGAUAAUCAAGAGGCAUAUUACAACAUUAAUAUUGAGAGCCCAAAAGAUCAGAGUACUGAAGAGAAAAAUGAAAAAGAGGAUACCCAAUUUCAGAAGGAUUUUGAAAAUCUCAACCUUGCUCAACCAUUAUCAGAGCCCUACUCUCCAAUGGACUGUUCAGAUAGUACUGAAAAUCAAACUCCACCUUGUAGCACACCUGAUUUACAGUUUCCCAAAGAUAAUACAGAAGUAUUACCAAGGCCAGAUCCUAGUUUGACACCAAGUUCAACUAUAUCUGAUGAUAGUAAUUCAUCAAGAGCCACAGAUCAAGUUCAGGCCAAUUCAAAUGAUUCUUCCGAGUCAUCUCCGUCCGGUGUGCGAAGGUCAAGUAGAAUUAAAACAAUUAGUACAUUGAAACAAAAAACAAAAGGCUAUGGUUUAGUGAAAACACCUCUCAAAAAAGCUUUGAUCACACAGACCAAGUUAAAACUAGAGGAAAUGGGUUCAGAAAGCCAAGACAAGUCAUCAGAUGUUAAUAAUCAGACAAAUUCUAGUAAUCCUUCAACUUUUCCAGUACCAUCAGAAAUGCCUGUGAAGGUGAAGUCUAGGUGGCGGAGAUCUAGCGAAUUAGAAAUGGGAGCAAAUUCCCCUGCAAUAUCUCCACUAGCCAGCCCAAGCUUACCACGUUUACCCCCUGUAGAUGAAAAUCAAAAGCCACUAGAUGAUGAAAAAUGUACAGUAACACUUAGUAAAGAGGCAUAUGACAAAAUUAUUGAAGAAAGAAUGAAUCAAUAUCAGCAUUUAGAGGAAAAUGAGUAUUUGUGUGAGCGAAUGAUAAGUAGGGAUACAAAGAAAAUGAUUUGUGACUGUUUUAUGACCAAAGAGGAGCUCGAGCGCGGUGAACUUGCUUGUGGAGAAGACUGUUUGAACAGACUACUUAUGAUUGAAUGUAAUUCAAGAUGUCCAGUAGGAGAUAGAUGUACAAAUAGAAGGUUCCAAAAGAGGCAAAAUGGACCACUUAAAGUAUUUUAUGCAGAUAAAAAGGGCUGUGGUGUUGAAGCCAGUGCAGACAUUCCAUCGGGCGAAUUUCUUAUGGAAUAUGUUGGAGAAGUGCUUGACUAUGAGCAGUUCUACAAAAGAGCCCAAACUUACUCAGAGGAGAACAAUCUACACCACUACUUCAUGUCGUUGAAAGGAGACACAGUUAUCGACGCGACGUUAAAAGGCAAUAUAUCGAGAUUCAUUAACCAUUCCUGCGAUCCAAAUGCCGAAACUCAGAAGUGGACGGUUAAUGGUGAAUUGAGGAUAGGUUUCUUCAGUAAAAGAGAUAUUGCAGUGGGCGAGGAAAUUACAUUUGAUUAUCAGUUUCAGAGAUUUGGCAAGGUGGCGCAGCGCUGCUACUGCGGCGCGGACAACUGCCGCGGUUGGAUCGGUGCGGAGCCCGACUCGGAGGACGAGGAUUAUGAGGAGGAGGAAGAUGUAUCAACUUCCAAAUCGGGCACGACCGAAUCUGAAGAGUCCCAAGCGACGGAAGCGAACGCGGAGACACCGCGGGCGCGUGUGCGGAGACCACGAAGAGAGAGGAAAUACAAGCCUAAAGCACCCGACUUGGUGCAAGAUGCUGAUAUCGAAGAGGACCUCGAGGCGCUCAGCCGCACGGGCGUCAAGAACCAGUGUCACACGCUCCGCCUGUCCCGCACGGUGGUGCGAGCGAAGACGCGGCGCGCGCAGACGGCGCUGCUGCGGCUGCUGCGCGACGCGGACCUGCCGUGCCGCCGGCUGUUCCUCGACUACCGCGGGCUGCGCCUGCUGGCGCCCUGGUGCGCGGACGCGCCGCUCGACUUCAAGCUAGAAAUGCUGCAAACAGUAGACAGACUGCCGAUCCCGAACAAGACGAUGGUGCAAGAGACGCGCUUCUUCACCAUCAUAGAAAGGUGGCUCAGCUCCUCGGAAGUGCCGCCGGAACCACCUGUGUUCAUUGAUGAGGCUACAGGGUUACCAGUAGAAUUAGCGAAUAGGCCUGCCUCUGAUCCUGAUAAAAGUAAAGAAAAUGCAGCAAUACUCGAGAAAGUCAAGGAUCUAUCAACACAGCUGCUAGAACGAUGGUCCAGUUUAAAAGAAGUGUUCAAAAUUCCCAAGAAAGAGCGAAUACAACAAAUGAAAGAGCACGAGCGUCAAGCGAAUGUCGAGAGACGCGCUGCUGACUCCAGUGGUUCUCGUGACCGCGACCGCGACCGUGAACGGGAUCGUGACCGUGACCGCGACCGUGAAAGAGAUCGUGACCGUGACCGUGAAAGAGAAAGGGAUAGAGAGCGGGAACGUGAGCGGGAUAAGGAGCGGGAAAGAGAUAGAUAUAGGGAGCGGGAUCGUGACCGGGACAGGGAGAGGGAUAGAGAUGACAGGGACAGGAGGAAAAGGAGAAGCAGUCCGGAGGGCAGACGGAGUAUACGGCUAUCAGACCGCGUACUAGCCGCAGUUCCGCCAAUGAGCAAAGAAGAAAGGCGUCGGGCGUUUGCCGAAGCAGCGGCCGCCGCAGAUGAAAGUCGAAGGCAAAGAGAGACGCAGCAGUUUGUGCCUUUCUGGCCGCAGGACUCUUUUGCACAGAUGUUCCCGCAAGGAAUUUUACCUGGCCAGCGGAAUAUGAUGCCAAAUGGUCCUAAUAUGAUGCCCAACGGACCUAACAUGCUACCAAACGGACCGAAUAUGUUACCAAACGGACCGAAUAUGAUGCCAAACGGUCCUAACAUGAUGCCAAACGGUCCAAACAUGAUGCCAAACGGUCCUAACAUGUUGCCAAACGGUCCUAACAUGAUGGGUGGUCCGCCGAAUAUGUUACCACGACCACAGAACAUGAUGGGUGGACCACAAAACAUGAUGGGAGGUCCAAAUUUAAUGAUGCCAGCUAUGAUGCCCGGCAUGAUGCCAGCGGAUGUGCCGCCAGAGUGGAUUGGACCGAAUGGCGAGUUUCAAGGACCUCCUGGAUUCUGCCCUACAUUCCCUGGACAGCCUUUUUGUAUGCCGCAGCCUAAUAUGAUGGGUAUGACGGGUUUCGGCGUGCCCGGGUUCGUGUUCGGUCAGGGCGCGUUCCCGCCGCCCGCACACACGCGUCCACCUCCGCCUAGACUGCCCACUGCUACUGAACCAACCCGAACGGACCCAGACGCGGAGGUAGUACUACCAUCAAUGUGGCGAAGUGCCUUGGAUAACCGUGGACGAAGAUACUAUUACCACGUGAAGUUACGCCAACCGCAGUGGUUGCCACCUACACCACCACCACCCACUACGCCUGACGAAAGUUCAUCAGAGGACGAAGUAGAGCCAAUGAGUGCGAUAGAAACGGCCGUGGUGAGGCGAGGGGCUGUCAAGGGCAAGCUGGUGGAAGGGGUCAAUGGGAUAUAUGAAGUUAUAAAAGCGGAUACGCAAAACGGUUUGAUACCCGACCACGCGUUACUGACGGUGAAACCGAGAAAGCGGCGGCCGGGCCUUGUUACUGAAAGGCCGAUUAGUCCGCGUACAGAAGAAGACAAGCUAGCCGGUCGUAUGGAGGUCAAGAGGUACAAACAGACGAAAGAGAAACUACGGCGUAGACGUGAGAAACUAUUACAGAAGGUGCGAUUGCUUGCUGCCGCCAAGCAGAGGAAAGGCAAGGAGCUCACGCAUAAGGAUCUGAAGGAGUUGAAGUUCGUGGAGCUAGAAGACACGGACACGGACACGGACGACUCGGACGCGGAGGACAAGCGGCUAUCCCCCCCGGCCGCCGCAGUGGACCCGGAGGAGAGCGCGCGCCGCAUCAAGGAGCAGUUCCGCAGCAGCAUGGCGCGCGUCAUGGUGCAGCACCUCAACCCGUACCGGCACUCGGCCGCGCCCGCCGGCCGCAUCACCUGCACCGCGGACUUCAAGCACCUCGCGCGCAAGCUUACACACUUCGUGAUGUUAAAAGAGUUGAAGCACUGCCGCACUGUCGAAGAACUUGUAGUUACGGACUCUGUACGUUCCAAGGCGAAAAUGUUCGUCAAGAAGUACAUGGCCAAGUUCGGGCCGGUUUACAAGAGACCGCCCGAAGAGGCCGACUAGCACAGGCUUAACAUUCUGAAGUGACAGUGCGGGGGCGAACUGAGGAAAUUGGCGCUAGGUGGCGCUGCUAAGAAUGUUUAAAUCAUUCGAAAUUCAAACGAUUUUCGAACGUGAUUCGCAUUCUGCGCUGAGCUGUGGUACAAGACGGACGUGGCUUUAAGCUUGUUAGCAAUGUGUAAAUAUACGAAUCUAAAAUUAGGCGAAAUUUUUGAUCGUUUUUCCGCUACGAAAAAUAGUCAUAUCGAGCUUAUAAUGUUUAUUUCUGAUCAUCAUCAUCAAUCAUCUUUAUAUAAAUUUAUAAUUUGUUGCUGCUUUUUUGUUUCUGUCCUAUUGUACCUUUUGCGCUAACAAACUUCCUCAUGAAGAGCCCCCGGUUUGAAGACUUUUAAAGUGACGAAAAUUAGUGUAGUGAUAAUGACUUUUAAAACUAUGACGGUAAAAUAAAAUGUUAUUCGGUGUUUAAGAUAUUGUAAAAAUUACAUAGGAAAUAGACUAAAAAACUGUUUUAGAAUAUAUUUUGAAGUGGUAGCAUAGAAAUGUGUUCCUUUUUCGAUUAAGCAUCGGUAUAAGUUAUUUUAAGUUAAAAUUAUGAAAUGUGGUGUGAAAAAGCACGAUUUAUAUGAGAUUAUGGUACAGCGUAUUUUGGGGAUGAAAUCUUGUUUAACUUUAAGUGUAGAUACUAGAUAUGUUUUAAAAUAUUUUAUACCAGAUAUGAGAAUAAAGAAUUGAGAAUUGUAAAUGUUAGUAUUCGGCAUUCCGUAUCUCAAUAUUGGUGUUUAUGUACAGAAAUAAUACGACAAAAUGUUUUUUUUGGAAAUCAAUUGGUCAAAUAAAACUAUGAGCUUAAUUAUUGCAAAAUAAAUUUAUGUAACAUGGACUCAGGUUUCAAUAAUAUUGGCAGUAUAAGAUUGACCAACAUUCGCAAUUGUAAUCUGAUUAAAAUAUUGUAUGAAUCGAUAUAUUUAUUCGCACAUUAUUAUGUAUCGAUUUUGACAAUCGAUUAAGUGUAAGUAGAUUUUAGUUUCAGCUAAGACAAUGGUUUUGUAAAUAUAUGAAUUAAGUUUUUGAAACAAGCCUCAUUUAGUGUAUAAUUUAUUUGUAAGCUGUGAGAGAAUCGAGCAAUUUUCUAGAUUGCGAUAUAAAAAUAAACAAUUUCAUUUAUGUUGAUCUCCGCAACUGGGAUUUUAAAAUACUUUAACUCGAAUAUGAGAUGAAUAUAAGUUUUAAGUACAGUAUUAUUUAGGAAAACGAUUGUCCAAAGAUUUCUCUAUGGAUUCUAUAGAGCAUUGUGUGUCUUAGAUAAAUCUGAUGAAUCAUUCAACAAACAUAUUCAUUAUCUACGUAAAUAUUUUAUAUAUUAUUAUGUCUAUGAUUAUAAUAUUAUGUAUACCUCCAUAGACUCCUCCAUGACCAAUCGGUGAUCUGUAGUAAUUUCGACAUCGCUGAUUGGUCAAAAACUUUUGUUCUUGUUUUGAAACAUAUGAAAACAUUUACAACAGAUUUUUUUUUUUUAUUUAAAGUGAAGAAAAACCAAUG